AUGAUGGGUUAUAUCAACGGUGCAGCGCUUUCAGCACAACAAACCGUGUCGGGAUGGGCUCCUGCUGCCGAUAGGACUCUGUCUUCGGCAUCAAGGGAGCGGUUGACGGCAGCAUGGUCGGAGAAGGAGGUGAAAAGCGCAUUCCACUCGAUGGCGAUGAAUAAGGCUCCGGGGAGCGACGGGUUGCCUAAGGAACUGUUCGAGGAGCACUGGGAUGUCUUGGGAAAGCACUUCAUGUCGUUGGUGGGAAGCUUCACCGAGUCAGCGACGCUUCCUGCAAGCACAAAGAGUGCCGUCACUAUACUGCUGCACAAGAAGGGAGGUCGGGAUGCAGUCGAGAACUACCGUCCCAUCAUGCUUUUAAGCUUCACUUACAAGGUGCUGGCGCGGGUGGUCGCAGAUAGGAUGAAAAGUGUUCUGAACGAAGUGAUCUCACCCGAGCAGUCUUACCGCUGGGGUGCAAUCUGA